UGUAUAUAUUAAUUCGCCUAAUAAAAGCAUAUUAUAAACAUUUUGAUCAAUAACAUGUUCAACACAUACUUAUUUUAAUAGUGUAAAAGCUUUCAUUGUAAACUGGUUCAACCAGUUUUGUGUGUGAAUUAAGUGCGCAUAUGCGUCAUUAGUGCAUUUGAUUGCCGUCAAGUGUAGUUCGUUGCACGUUGUUGCAUGUUACAGUUUAGUUGCAGUGUGGUGCGUGUAUUUGUAUUUUUUUUUUGUACUGCAAUUGACGGAAUUGAAGCAAUAGGAAUUAUCCUCCAUCCAAUGUACUCUGGAUAUGUUUUCAUAAGAAAUAUGCGGUGCAGCAUUGUCUCUAAGAAAUAUUGUUUGGUUUUUAGAGAUUUGCACAACAUUAUAUGAGAUUAAAAUAAACAUUGGCAACAUGAGAAAAUAUUACCAAGCUGCUCUAGCUGUGACUGCAGUAUUAAGUCUCAUAUCUCUGCUCAUCUAUAGACAUGAAUAUAAUAGAUUGAGAUAUGUCUUAGAAGUUUUUAAUUAUUUUGGUAAGCCUGGACCAAGACUGGAUACAAAUUGCACAAAUUUUAAUCUGACAUUUACCACAUUCAACCCAAAAUUUGACGAACCAAUUCCUUCUUGGCAACGCUUGGAGGAUGAUCUAUAUGUAUAUUCUGCAUAUAGUAUUAAUCACAAGGAGAUACGGGCAGUUGGACUUGGAACUAUAAAUAGUAUUUUAAAUGUACAAUGUCUUGUCUUCUUCGAGAGUGAGAGUAAACCUAUAUUAGGAAUAUUUAAAUUUAUUCCAAUAGGUAAUUCAAUUAACACAAAUGAAGAAGACAAUUUAAGAGGAUAUCAUUUUGUUUGCACGCACACAAGUAAUGAAACUCCUACUGGUAUAACAUUUGUUACGAAGUCUAACAAAUAUCUCAAUUACGCACCCAUCUUUCCCAUAAAAAUGCAGCCGCAGAACUCGAUUCACAGUCGAAUAGGAGUAUGCGUGAUGCAGUCAUCGAUGAAGCCAACGCGAUCGAUAGAUAUGAUAAGCUUCAUCAGCUUUCACGCGUUGAUUGGAAUGGAUAAUUUCAUCAUAUAUGAUUCUGGAAUUUCAAACGAAUUCAAUACUAAACUAAAGGAAAUGGCUAAUGAUCCAACAUCAUUUUGGAAGUUUACAUACACUGUCAUACCAUGGAAUUUCCCUUUCACGGAGAUUGAUCAGAAUUUCAUCAGAGAAAUCGUCGAGAUAGAUUGCUUAUAUCGCACAUAUAACAAUGUCGCUUACGCCAUUACUCUCUCAUGGAACGAAUAUGUAGUUUUGAAAUUUCAUCACGCAACAAUCGAUUUAGUUACGGAUUUCAAACGAUUCCAGAUGUCAGCUGAUCGCUACAAACUGAAAACUGCAACUUUCUGCACACAACAAGCUGAUGACAAACAAUACGUCGAUUCUCCAUUGAUGGUGUUGAAAAAGACGAAGUCUAAUAUGGACAGUUUGAACGAUCAUUUUAUUUAUAUGCACAAACCGCAUGUAGUAUUACAAAACUCCCACAUAAACACCAAGGAGAUACUAAAAGAUUCAGUUGCUUUAGUGAAUCAGUAUAAAUAUUGUGAUAACUACAAAAAUACUUCCCAAAUAGAUGAUUUUACAAUUUUAAGAUUUGCUUCAGCUAUACAAAACUCAUCGAUUCUUAGGAAAUAUCUUGAACUGUACAAUGUGCCUGAUACAAAGUGAUAUUUCAGUAUAAUUAAUAGUGAAUUAGCUAUUAAUUAUCAUGGAGAGAGAGAGAGAGAGAGAGAUUUUGCUAUUUUGAAAAUAAUACUCCUGUUUAAUCUUCAUAUAUGUCAAUACUUCGUGAUUAUUUGUGUAGUCUUUCAUAGGUGCCUUAAUCAUCACGUUGCAGUUAUGACAUAAUCAACUAUUUUGUAUAUUUCAAACUACAAAUAAAACGUUGCUGUUUGUUAUUCAUAAUAGUCUUA